AGACUCCAAAAUUCUCAGCAUGGUGGGGGUUCACACUCCAAAGAAAGACAAUGAACCAUUGCUGCAGUGCACUCAUCACAUGUGUCCAAUCAGGGUCCACUGGCAUGUAAAGACUAACUACAAGGACUAUUGGCGAGUCAAGGUUGCUAUAACAAACUUCAAUUACAGGAUGAAUCACUCCCUCUGGUCUCUUGCUGUUCAGCAUCCAAAUCUCAACAAUCUCACCCAAGUUUUCAGUUUCAAUUACAAGCCUCUUCUUCCCUAUGGAUUCAUAAAUGACACUGGCAUGUUCUAUGGCAUGAAGUACUUCAAUGAUCUUCUAAUGGAAGCUGGACCAACUGGGAAUGUUCAAUCAGAGUUACUUCUUCAGAAGGACAAGGAUACAUUCACAUUCAAGCAGGGUUGGGCAUUUCCUCGCAAGGUCUACUUUAAUGGUGAUGAAUGCAUGCUGCCCCCACCUGACGCCUACCCUUUUCUCCCUAACUCUGCACCUGCAAGCCUACUUAACUUCCCUGCAUUCAUUUUCUUGUUGCUUUUCUUGCUAUCAGUUUGGUGAAUUGGUGCAUAGUGUGUCAGAAUUUUGUGAAAAUUUUGAAACCAUGUAUUAUACCUUCUUAAUGGUAACGUGACAAUAGACAUGCAUACUC